GCUUUCGAGACCUUCUCAGAAUGGCCCCUAAGCGCAAAGCUGCUGUCGAAGCCGCCGACAAGCUCAAGAACAGCAAGAAAGCCAAAAAGACCAGCAUCAAACCUGACUUCAACGAAGCACCAACUCAAAGACUCGAUGUGUACGUCUUCGGCUCCGGCGAGAACGGUGAACUUGGUCUCGGAUCAGUCAAACGAAAUGGCAAAAUGCCAACCAACGUUUCUCGUCCCCGUCUCAACGACCUCCUUGAUGCUGCCACUGUGGGAGUCGUCCAGAUUGCUGUUGGUGGCAUGCAUUGCAUUGUGAUUACCGAGGAUAACCGGUUACUUACUUGGGGCGUGAAUGAUGAUGGAGCUCUUGGCCGCGAUACUACGUGGACGGCACCCGUUAAGGAUGCUGCUGGCGGUGACGAGUCCGAGUCUGAUGAUGACGAUGACGAUGACAGUGGUUUGAAUCCUGUUGAAUCUACUCCUACUGCCAUCCCAGCGGACUGUUUCGAGGGAGAUCCAGUCUGGGUCCAGGUUGCCGCUACUGACUCUGCAUCAUUCGCUUUGACUUCUACUGGUGAAGUUUAUGGCUGGGGCUGCUUCCAUGGAUCCGACGGCCCGGUUGGCUUCUCCCUCCAAUGCCAACGAGACGGCAUCCUGAAGCAAAAGACCCCACUCAAGAUCCCCGAACUCAAGAACAUCACCUCCCUCGCAGCAGGCGGCAACCACAUGCUCGCCCUCGACCAAACCGGCAACGUCUGGACCUGGGGCGACGGCAGCCAAUACCAACUCGGCCGGCUCGUCAGCGAGAAAUACCGCGACAAUUCGCUCCGUCCAGCCAUCCAAACCAGUCUGCACCGCAACAGCACGACCUUCAUCUCUGCUGGCGCAUACCACAGCAUCACGAUCGACACCGAAGGUCGGGUCUGGGCUUGGGGACUGAAUAAUUAUGGCCAGACGGGCGUUAUACGAAAUGCGGGCGAGGAUGGAGCGGCGAUUGAGAAGCCGGCUAUAGUGAGGAGUUUGAGGGGUCAGGUUAUUGUUGAUAUUGAAGGCGGGACUCAUCAUUCGAUUGCGUGUAAUGAGGAUGGGGAGGUGAUGUCGUGGGGUCGGUGCGAUGAUGGCCAACCUGGUGUUGGGCUGGAGAACUUGGCUGAUUCGGAUGUUAUUGAGGAUAAGAUUUUGUUGUAUCCCAGGGUCAUUGAUGGAAUCAACGCAGUUCGUGUAGCUGCUGGUAUCGACAAUUCCUUUGCCAUUGACUCGGAUGGGAAGGUUCACGCCUGGGGCUUUAGUGACAAUUAUCGGACUGGACUCGGCACGGAGCAGACGGUUGAGCUAGCUACUGUGAUCGAAAACACGGCUGUGAAGGGUAAAAAGUUAUCAUUUGCUGCAUGUGGUGGACAGUUCUCGGUUCUGGCAGGCCCAUCCGAUGCUGUUCCUAAGCGCCGUAGGGGAAGAAAGGCAAAGAAGACUAACGAGUGAGGAGUCUGGCAGAUGUUCCUACGAUACUCUUUUCUUCUGUAGAU